CCUGACAUCCAGAAGAUGGAGGAAGAGGACGGAGUAGCUGCAGCAUCCAGCUGUGUGUCUGUGGGGAGUGACUGGUUUACACAAACACCUCCACGUUACAGUCAUGGACCUGCAGCAGUAAUAGGUCAGAGGUCACGGUCUCCAGUAUCCAGCUGUGUGUCUAUGAGGAGUGACUGGUCCAGAGAAAGACCUCCAGACUUUAGUCAUGAACCUGCACCAACAAUAGGUCAGAGGUCACAGUCUCCAGUAUCCAGCUGUGUGUCUAUGAGGAGUGACUGGUCCAGAGAAAGACCUCCAGACUUCAGUCAUGAACCUGCAGCAGCAAUAGGUCAGAGGUCACAGUCUCCAGUGUACAGCUGUGUUUCUGUGAGGAGUGACUGGUCCAAGCCCAGACCUCCAGACUUCAGUAAUGAACCUGCACCAACAAUGUUCUUCAGUCAUGGACCUCAGCUGACCAUAGGGAGGAAGAGGAAGAGGAGUGGUGUUUGUGAGGAGGAGCAGCUCUCCUGCUGUGCUUUGUGUCAGGACGUCCUGAAGGAUCCAGUCUCUACCAGCUGUGGACACUGGUUCUGCAGACAGUGCAUCUCCUCAUACUGGGACCAGUCUGCUUCAUCAGGAGACUCGUCCUGUCCCCAGUGUGGAGAAAGAUCCAGAAGCAGAGCUGGACUGCAGACAGCCAGUCAGAGCAGCUGUGUACAAACAGAUGUUGGUCUGCAGGAGGUUUUAGAUGAACAUAAGAUCAGUCUGAGGAGGAGAUGUGAACGUGUGACUGAAGGAAGUGAUGAAACAGGAAGUAGAACCCUCCUCAACAGGAUCUACACUGAGCUCUACAUCACAGAGGGACAGAGUGAAGGGGUUCAUACCCAACAUGAGGUGAGGCAGCUGGAGACAGCUUCCAAGAUGGACGCCCUCCAUGACGCUCCAAUCAGGUGCCAGGACAUCUUUAAAGCCUUCCCUGACCAACAGAGACCCAUCAGAGUGGUUCUGACCAACGGCGUGGCUGGUGUUGGAAAAACCUUCUCAGUGCAGAAGUUCACUCUGGACUGGGCAGAGGGCUUGGAGAACCAACAUGUCAGUGUGGUGGUUCUGCUUUCAUUCAGGGAGCUGAACCUGAUCAGAGAUGAGCAGUACAGUCUUCUGGAGCUGCUCCAUGUUUUCCAUCCAACAUUACAGAAGGUCACAGCAGAGAAGCUGGCUGUCUCUCAGCUUUUGUUCAUCUUUGACGGCCUGGAUGAAAGCAGACUUUCAUUGGAUUUCACCAACAGGAAGCUGCUGUCUGAUGUCACACAGAAGUCAUCAGUCAGCCAGCUGCUGACAAACCUCAUCCAGGGGAAUCUGCUUCCCUCGGCUCUCGUCUGGAUAACUUCCCGACCCGCAGCAGCCAAUCAGAUCCCUCCUACAUGUGUUGACAGGAUAACAGAAGUACGAGGCUUCACUGACGCCCAGAAGGAGGAGUACUUCAGGAGGAGAUUCAGUGAUGAAGAGCUGUCCAGCAGAAUCAUCUCCCACAUGAAGACAUCCAGGAGCCUCCACAUCAUGUGUAGUAUCCCAGUCUUCUGCUGGAUCACUGCUACAGUUCUGGAGCACAUGUUGACUACAGAGCAGAGAGGAGAGCUGCCCAAGACCCUGACUGACAUGUACUCACACUUCCUGCUGGUUCAGACAAAGAGGAAGAAGAACAAGUACCAUGAGGGACAUGAGACAAGUCCACAGGAGCUGAUGGAGGCUGACAGGGAAGUUCUUCUGAAGCUGGGGAGGCUGGCGUUUAAACAUCUGGAGAAAGGAAACAUCAUGUUCUACCAAGAAGACCUGGAGCAGUGUGGUCUGGAUGUGACAGAGGCCUCGGUGUACUCAGGAGUUUGUACAGAGAUCUUCAAAAGAGAGUGUGUGAUCUUCCAGAAACCAGUCUACUGCUUUGUUCAUCUGAGCAUUCAGGAGUUUCUGGCUGCAGUCUACAUGUUCCACUAUCUCACCAACAGGAAGACAAAGGUGCUGAAGAAAAAAUAUAAAGAGUCCUCUUUGGAUGUGUUUCUCAAGAGAGUCAUGUCUAAAUCCCUCCAGAGUGAAAAUGGCCGCCUGGACCUGUUUGUUCGCUUCCUUCAUGGCCUCUGUCUGGAGUCCAACCAGAGACUCUUAGUAGGUCUGCUGGGUCAGACAGAGAACGGUCCAGGAACCAUCCAGAGGGUCAUCAACAACCUGAAGGAGAUGAACAGUGAUGAAAUCUCUCCUGACAGAAGCAUCAACAUCUUCCACUGUCUGAUGGAGAUGAACGACCUCUCAUUAUUUCAGGAGAUCCAAGAGUUCCUGAAGUCAGAGAACAGAUCAGAGAAGGAACUCUCUGAGAUCCAGUGCUCAGCUCUGGCCUUCAUGCUGCAGAUGUCAGAGGAGGUUCUGGAUGAGUUGGACCUGCAGAAGUACAACACAUCAGAGCGGGGACGACAGAGACUGAUUCCAGCUGUGAGGAACUGCAGAAAGGCUGGACUGACUCAUUGUCGACUCUCAGAGUCUCACUGUGAAGUUGUGGCCUCAGCUUUGAAGUCCAACCCCUCCCAUCUGACAGAGCUGGACAUGAGUGAGAACAACCUGCAGAAUUCAGCAGUGAAGCUUCUGUGUGCUGGACUGGAGAGUCCAAACUGUCGACUGGAGACUCUGAGGCGCUGUGAUUUGUCAGAGAUCAGCUGUGAUUAUCUGGCAGCAGCACUGAAGUCCAACCCCUCCCAUCUGAGAGAGCUGGACCUGAGCUCCAACAAGCUGCAGGAUUCAGGAGUGAAGCAGUUGUGUGGUUUCCUGGAGAGUCCAGGAUGUGGACUUGAAACUCUGAGACUGAAUCACUGUGACCUGUCAGAAAGAAGCUGUGAAGCUCUGUCCUCAGGUCUCAGCUCUCAGACCUUUAAUCUGAGAGAGCUGGACCUGAGUAACAUUAACCUGAAGGAUUCAGGCGUGAAGCUUCUGUCUGACGGACUGAAGAAUCCACACUGUAAACUGGAAACUCUCAGUCUGUCAGGCUGUCUGAUCACAGAGGAAGGCUGUACUUCUCUGGCCUCAGCCCUGAGCUCCAACCCCUCCCAUCUGAGAGAGCUGGACCUGAGCUACAAUCAUCCAGGAGACUCAGGAAUGAAGCUGCUGUCGGCUGGACUGAAGGAUCCAGGCUGGAGACUGGACAUCGACACAAACACAGUGAACACAGACCUCCAACUGUCUGACAACAACAGGAAGGUGACACAUGUGGAGGAGGUUCAGUCAUAUCCUGAUCAUCCAGACAGAUUUGAUGUUUGUUAUCAGCUGCUGUGUAGAAAUGGUCUGACUGGUCGCUGUUACUGGGAGGUCGAGUGGAGAGGAAACGUUUAUAUAUCAGCGAGUUACAGAAGAAUCAGAAGGAAAGGAGGCAGUGAUCACUGUGUGGUUGGAUGGAAUGAUCAGUCCUGGAGUCUAUGGUGCUAUAAUGGUGCUCCUCAGUCUGUCUGGCACAAUAAGAGAGAGACAUCCCUCUCCUCCUCCUCCUCCUCCUCUGUCUCUAACAGAGUAGCAGUGUAUGUGGACUGUCCUGCUGGCACUCUGUCCUUCUACAGAGUCUCCUCUGACACUCUGAUCCACCUCCACACCUUCAACACCACAUUCACUCAAACUCUUUAUCCUGGGUUUGCAGUCGGUCCUGGUUCCUCAGUGUCCCUGUGCUGA